UUUAAAAACUGCAUGGGAGAACUUUCAAUGGAAGGGAUUCUUUUAGAGCAAAUAUCAGUGGUUGGUUUCUCAAAACUGAAUCUCGCAUGCUAUUAUAUUAAUUUUAUUGAUUAAUUAAAUUUAAAAUAAAGGGUAGAUAAAUUAAAAGAAGAGCCGUCGGUGCUAUAGUUUCUCAAGAAGAGGGUAGAGCCGCUUCCUGCACAGACGAUCAAUCUGUUUAUUAAUUUUGUAGCAAGAGACUAUUCUCUCAUAUUUUUGUUUCUCACGAUGGCACAAAUGUAAUAAUUUGUUUUCUGAAACUAUAUAUACUUCUUUUGCAAUCUCCAUUUAGUAUCAACAAACUUGUUAUCUGACGCAUUUAGGUAUGAUAUCCAUCUCCUGCAUUGCUUCCACCAUGGCCGUCCAGUCAGUUGUACACCUUGCAUCUCCCUUCCCUUCUCUCGGUCUGACCCGUCCAUACAAAAGGCCGUCCUUGUUCACCUCAUGUUGCUCCUCUUUGUCCAAUAAGGCUGGGACUGGUGCUACUGAUUUCAAACCCAUGUUGCCCAGUGUGGAAAGGUGGCCGGAGUAUAUACCGAACAAGCUCCCCGACAAGAACUAUGUGCGUGUAUUCGACACGACGCUCCGUGACGGGGAACAAUCCCCCGGUGCAGCACUUACGCCACCGCAGAAGCUAGAGAUUGCCCGGCAGCUUUCCAAACUACGAGUAGACAUCAUGGAAGUUGGUUUCCCUGCGUCAUCAGAGGAAGAGUUCGAAACCGUCAAGACCAUAGCCAAGACCGUAGGGAAUGAGGUGGAUGAAGAAACAGGUUACGUUCCAGUUAUAUGCGCCCUCGCACGAUGCAACCAUAGAGAUAUCGAGGCGGUUUGGGAAGCAGUGAAGUACGCCAAGAGGCCGACAAUACUCAUAUUCAUAUCUACUAGUGACAUUCACAUGAAAUAUAAGUUGAAAAAGACUAAAGAAGAAGUCAUCCAGAUGGCAGUGAGUAGUGUUAGGUAUGCUAAGAGCUUAGGCUUCAACGACAUCCAAUUUGGUUGCGAAGAUGCCGGCAGGUCGGAGAAGGAGUUUCUAUGCAAGAUUUUAGGAGAAACGAUUAAAGCGGGUGCAACCACUCUAAACCUCGGAGACACAGUAGGGAUCAACAUGCCGCAAGAAACUAGGGAACUUGUGAGCUACCUCAAAGCCAACACUCCUGGAAUCGAUGAUGUUGUCAUAAGCGUUCAUUGUCACAACGACCUUGGUGUUGCUACCGCUAACGCAAUCGCUGGUAUAUGUGCUGGAGCAAGACAAGUUGACGUAACGGUCAACGGAAUAGGUGAGAGAAGUGGGAAUGCAGCACUUGAAGAGGUCGUAAUGUCUUUGAAACGUCGAGGGUCACACGUGAUGGAUGGUGUUUACACAAGAAUAGACAUACGCCAAAUUUUGGCUACUAGCAACAUGGUUCAAGAAUAUACUGGAUUGUAUAUUCAACCACAUAAACCCAUAGUUGGAGCCAACUGUAUCAUUCAUGAGAGCGGCAUUCACCAGGAUGGAAUGUUGAAAAAUUGGAGUGCAUAUGGAGUCCUAUCACCAGAAGAUGUCGAGGUUGUAAAAAACUGAAAAUUUCUUCAUUUUUAUUGGUUCUAUUUAAUAAAAGCUAUGUAUGUACCUGAUUGUUUAAUUGAGUUGUAAAUGUGCCACCGCACCGGGUCCAGUCCGUUGUUUCCAUAUUUUUUAAUAGAUAAGUCCGACUGUUUUUAAAAUA